AUGUGGGACAACAAGCUUGAAGGACCUCUAACAAGACAGGUCGAAAAUUUGACUAUGCUUAACAUACUUGAUCUGGGAGUCAAUAACCUGACAGGUGCAUUUCCAGAUGAGAUCGCAAACAGAAUAAGUGGUCCUUUCCCAAAUGGUUUGUGCAAGCUAUCCAACUUGGGUUUGUUAAAUCUUUCACAAAAUCAAAUGCAAGAAAAUAUUCCUAGUUUCUUGGGGAAUGUGACUUCCCUAAGAGAGGUUUAUCUUGAUUCCAACAACUUCACCGAUGGCAUACCUUCAAGUCUGUGGAACCUCAAAGACAUCUUGAAGCUAAACUUGUCUUCUAAUAUCUUCAAUGGCACUUUACCACUUGAAGUUGGAAACCUCAAGGCUGCAAUAAUUCUGGAUCUUUCCUGGAACCAAAUCUCAAGCAACAUUCCUAAAACAAUAGGAAGUCUACAGAAAUUGGCUCAACUAUCUUUGGCUCAUAACAGGAUUGAAGGAUCAAUUCCUGAGAUAUUUGGAGAACUGAUAAAUUUGGAAGCAUUGGAUCUUUCAUAUAAUAAUAUGUCCAGUGUUAUUCCAAAGUCAUUAGAGGCACUUAAGCAACUGGACUCCUUUAAUGUCUCAUUCAAUAGGUUAUACGGGGAAAUUCCGAAUGGAGGACCUUUUGCUGAUAUCCCUUAUCAGUCUUUCGUGUCAAACGAAGGAUUAUGUGGUAACCCUAAAAUGCAUGUCCAGGAUUGUUAUGGUAAAUCAAAGAAAAGAAUAGUGAUAUUUAUCGUCAUUGUCUCUUCUGUUAUUGCUUUAGUAGGCCUUGCUUUAGUGAUAGUUUUUGUGUUGAUGAGACGUCACGAUAAAACAAUCAAAGCUGAUGAUGAGUGGUUGCCAGAUGUAGCACAACAAAGAUUUUCCUAUUAUGAUCUUCAAAGAGCAACUCAGGACUUUAACGGAAAUAACUUGCUAGGUAGUAGAAGUUUGGUUCUGUUUCCAAAGGAGCAUUAA